GCAACUUUUCUCUCGCAUGAUCUCCUCCGCACGGAUUUGCCCUUCGGGAUGUCGCCUUGUUGGGAACGGCGCUCGGAGUCACUUUGAAGCCUCCGGUGGCGCAGCGACGGCGGCGGCGGCGGCGGCGGCAGCUGCCUCGGUCUCUCCUCCUCUUCCUCUUCCUCCUCCUCCUCCAGUGCUAUGACAGGCAAACUCGUGGAGAAGCUGCCAGGGACCAUGAACACUUUGAUGAACCAGUUGCCUGACAAUCUGUACCCGGAGGAGAUCCCGAACUCUCUGAACAUUUUCUCCGGGAACGGCGAGGCAGCGGUGGUGCACUAUAAUAACCAGAUGGCGACAGAUAAUGUGAUGGAUAUUGGUUUAGCCCACGACAAGCCCGGCCAGGACUUGUCCUCCUACUCGGGCUCCUUCCAGCCCGCUCCCGGGGGCAACAAGACGGUGACCUACCUGGGCAAGUUCGCCUUCGACUCGCCGUCCAACUGGUGCCAAGACAACAUCAUCAGCCUGAUGAGCACCGGCAUCCUCGGGGUGCCGCCGCCCUCCGCCGGCGCGCAGGCCUCGACGGGCGGCAUGGUGCAAGCGCAAAGCCAGGGCGACGUGGACGGCAUGUACCCGGCGCUGCCCCCUUACUCCGCCUGCGGCGACCUCUACCCGGGCGACCCGGUCUCCUUCCACGACCCGCAGGGCAACGCCGCCGGCCUGGCCUACCCCACGCAGGACUACCAGGGCGCCAAGCAGGCCGGCGGCCUGGACGGCAACCUCUUCCCCAUGAUCCCGGACUACAACCUCUACCACGGCCACCCCAACGACCUGGGCGGCCUCCCGGAGCACAAACCUUUCCAGAACCUGGACCCGAUCCGGGUCAACCCGCCCCCCAUCACCCCGCUGGAGACCAUCAAAGCCUUCAAGGACAAGCAGAUCCACCCGGGCUUCGGCAGCCUCCAGCAGCAGCAGCAGCAGCCGCCGCCGCCGCUCACCCUGAAGCCCAUCCGGCCGCGCAAGUACCCCAACCGGCCCAGCAAGACGCCCCUCCACGAGCGGCCCCACGCCUGCCCGGCCGAGGGCUGCGACCGGCGCUUCUCGCGCUCCGACGAGCUGACGCGGCACCUGCGCAUCCACACGGGCCACAAGCCCUUCCAGUGCCGCAUCUGCAUGCGCAGCUUCAGCCGCAGCGACCACCUCACCACCCACAUCCGCACGCACACCGGCGAGAAGCCCUUCGCCUGCGAGUUCUGCGGGCGCAAGUUCGCGCGCAGCGACGAGCGCAAGAGGCACGCCAAAAUCCACCUCAAGCAGAAGGAGAAGAAGGCCGACAAAGGAGCCUCGGCCUCGGCGGCUGCCGGCCUCGGAGGCCCCGCCGGCUCGCCCGCCGUCUCGGGGCUGGCGCCCGUGGUCACCACCUGCGCGUGACGCUGCCCCCGCCGCCCCGACGCCUCCCAGUGCCUCCCGAGCCAGGCUGCCUUCGGGUGCGCCCUUGCGCCAAGCCCUGCUCGGGCCCCCGAUGGAAGGGGCGCCUUGGCGCGCCCGCCCCCCGUCG